AUGCAAGUCGUAUCUCAACUGGAAAUCCAUUUACAGAAAGAACGCGACCGAUUACAGGCUAUGAUGCAUCAUCUAUAUUUAACAAAGCAGUUUAUCGAGUCAGAAAAAGUAGAUUCGGAGGAGCCAUUGGCAUCGCCUCACAGUAAUAUAUCAACCAGCUCAAGCCCACCAACUGUGGGGCCAGGGAUGUUAGGGAUGCAAAUGUCAGUACCACAAGUAGCUAACUUUCAAGGCGUAACUAAUUUGAACAUGGCAAUGGAUAUGAACAGCACCCUUGCAAUACCAGUUACUAUAACCUCGCCCGUGCUGAGUACUGCUAACAUAUCAGCAAUUAGGAAGCGAAUUAGCGAUAAAAAUUCCAUGUCUCUUUCUAGCGGUUUCAUCUUAAAUUCUUCGGUUAUUCUGUUCACCACAUUUCGAAAGUUGACGUCGCUAAAUAGCCAACAGGAACCAUUCUACCGAUAUACGAAAUUCGAAAGUGCAGAUACAAGCAUGUCUCGACUGGAACAAUCUGCAGGGUUUCCUACGACGGAACGUGGUUCGAAAAACUACGAGGAAGGAUAUCCAGAAUUCCCGAAAUUCUAUUUGCAAAAAGGUCUUGAUACGAUGGUGAUUGAGAAAUCCACACCAGUAAAAUUGUUGAAUCACACCAGGCAUUAA